GAGAUAAUUUUUAUCUGGAUUUGUUAUAUCAUACAAUCAGUUUGUAGGUGGUUCGUAUCCAAUCAACGAUUCCAUCUCUCGAUCUGUGGCCCAGGAGUGGUAGCUGUUAAUAAUAUACCUUCCAGGCUAUACUAAAUAAUAAUAGCUCACCGUCUUAUAGCUGGCAAGCUUCGUAAAGGGAGAUAAAGCAAUAAGCUUCCGGUGUUAUUGAGAGUCGCGACCGAAUAUGAACUUGAGCUAACACGAGAAGUUGUAACCCUUCCAAUCAAGAUGUUUGGAAAUAUUUUGCGGAACAGUAUUCCAUGUAUUUCAAAUAUCACUUCUACUGGCUUUUCUCGGACAUUUUGCACAACACAAAGUCUUUGUGAAAUUCGCAAGCUUGCAAGAAUGCGUGUUGUCGACAAUAGUGCAAUUGGCAGAGCUGCAGCUGCUGCAGGUCGCCCAGCACGUGUGAUCCAAGUCUACAACCAAAAGCAAGUUGGAAUGAUAGGUGACAAAAUACUGGUUGCCAUAAAGGGACAAAAAAAGAAGGCAUACAUUGUUGGACUGAAGCAAAAGCAAAAGCCUCUGAUGCCUAGGUUUGACACAAACAACAUAGUUCUUGUUGAGGACAACAACAGCCCCACAGGUACCCGGAUCCGUGUUCCAAUUCCCUCACAGCUAAGAGGCCAAGGAAAGGAAUUUACAAAAAUUCUUGCAAUAGCAUCAAAAUUUGUGUAGCUGCACAUCUUAGCAAACAUUUUCUUUUUGUACAUAAAAUAUUAAAAAUUGUUCUUCCUGUUGUUAUUUUUGAUGACUUGCAGAUUUGUCAGAAACAUAAAUUUUGAUAGCAAAGUUAGUUGGGAUUGGUAGUUUUUAUAUAUGCUUCAAUUGAUUUAAAAUUGUAAUUCUAAUGCUAAAUUUUGUUUAAACUGGAAUUCUAUCAUCUUAAAUGUGUCAGAAUGUUUAAAAUGAUGAUGUUAAUAAGUUUUUGAAACUAUAUAAGCACACAUAUGCAGUGUGUGGAAGGAGGUGAUGGUGAGAAAAGAAGGAUUUGAUUUCAUAAAUAACAAGCAAAAUGAAGUCUUAGAUUAAUUUAAUUUUAUUUAGUAAACCUGGAGGUCAGACAAAAAUGCAAUAUUUCAGAAACACCAUUUUUGUGAUAACACUUCCACAAAAUAUAAAUAAAAAAAAAAUUCAAAUACACUUGAAUGAAGAUGUUAUAUUAUAAAAACACUAUCUUUAAUCGGUUUGAGGUUUUUCUGCUUUAAUAUGUUGAAUGAGAAUAUACUUUGUGUUACAAUCUACUCAGUGUCUAUCCAAUGUCAGUAGGAUCAUCUAUUUCACCCAAAGACUUUUCUU